AUGCUCAUCAAAGUGAAAACUCUAACUGGAAAAGAAAUUGAACUGGACAUUGAACCAAAUGAUAAGGUGGAACGUAUCAAAGAGAAGGUUUCUGACGUACUGAGGAUAACGAGCAAAGUUGAACUGACGAAAUUCGAGAAAAUUCCACUUCUGAAAGGAGAAAUCCGUGUGACGGAGUUUGUAUAA